AUGGUGAAGGUAGAUUACAACAGGGAAUACUACCGGGAUCUCGAACUGCAACCCGGAGCAGACCUGGUACAGAUCAAGAAACAGUUCAAGAAGUUGGCUCUCAGAUAUCAUCCAGAUCGCAAUCCGGGGAAGGAGCUGGAGUUCAACUCCAAGUUUCAGGCUAUUCAAUCUGCCCAUGAGGUCCUAUCAGACCCGGAUCAGCGACUUAAAUAUGAUGCAAAUCUGAAAAGGACUGGUCGAUUCUACGUUCGUCCGACACCACCGCCUCCAAAACCUUCGCCUCUUCGGAAGCCAACAACAACGACGGGCCAACCUAAUCCUACGCGCCCGCCGCCCCCGUCGACCCAGCGGCCAAAAUACACCUCAACCCCAUCAAGUGGGGCCAGCCGAUAUGCGGACUUUGGAAGCGGCCCGUGGAUGCCGCCACCGCGCCAAGCUUAUGAUGCUCAGGCAAGAACAGACACGUACAGAAAAUGGGAACAUAUGACACAGGCCCAGCACCAAGCUCGCCAGAAUGCCUAUCCUCCGCCCCCGCCCCCAAAUGUACCUCCUCGAGCCACUCCCCCGAAUGGCGCAUCGGCUUAUGCACGGCAGAAGGCUAGAGAAUCGUCGCCGAGAACGGGCGAAAGACCUUCUGCUGCGGACGAGGAAAAUCGAGCGCGUAACACAUUUCCUGGCAUGUCUCGCUCCCAAAGCACACGGAUCCCAAGGAAAAAUGGCUUCGAUCCUGGUACCCCUGGCGGGGACGAGCCUGCAGCUCCAAACACAUCGGCCUAUUUCAAUACGUCCCGAGGCGAGCGUCCCUCUCCCGCGCGAUGGUCCACUGCGUUUCCCGAGGCCACUAAACCGCGAGCCCCUACUGCGAAGAAAGCGGAUCCACUAGAUGAUCUUAGGCGGUCUGCCUCCGAUGACCAUGUUGCCACGGGCAGUCCUCGAGUUCGUACUCCAUACGCCGCCACGGGAGGGGAGAAAACAUUUCUCUCUGGCGCUGGACUGGGAAGAUCAGCCACAACUCGCGAGGUCCCAAAGAGGACAGACUGGAAUGGCACGACGCCGAGUCGUCACGAAACCACGUCAGGUCGGCCCGAUGAACGAGGGCGCAGCGCGAGCCCUAAGGCUCAGAAUCCUAAUGGCGGGCCCCGGGAUGCUGAUUCAACGUCUUCUUCUGCGGACAGUAUGAACAUUGGCGUGGGGGCAAACAAUAGAAGGUUCAAGAAGGCAACGGGCGUGCGGGGCAGUCGCAUUCGCAGACCACCCGCGCAGCCUGGUGCACGCUUCAAGCCCUUUGUGGAGCCAGACAGCUCUGAUGAUGAUGGUAGAACCCAGAGCGACGACAAGAAUGCGGGGCAUAGGAAUAACGAAAAUGCAAACAAGAAUGAUUCGUCAGCGUACGCAACGAGUACUUCUGCAGACCGAAUUAGAAAUUGGCAGCAAGGUUUCCCUGAUCGAUGGGAGCCUGGGCCGGAAAAACUGCAUAACAACAUCUUUAACAUCCCUGUCAAUGACCAGACGUUCGAAAAGACCUCUCCUUCUCCUGUCUCGCCCAGCAAAGAGAAUCCGAAUAAUAUCAAUACUGCCUUUUCUCCUCAAGAUUGGCAUGGAAUAUUUACGGGGAAUCCGAGAGAAUACUUUAUAAACACUCCGCCAGGACGCAAAUCUCCAGCUCGCGGACGACCGUCGAGUCGUUCAGAUCAAGAACAAUCACAAAAGCCGAUGCCAACUCAAAGCCCACCUUUCCCCCGGCCAGUUUCCGAAAAUGUUCCUCCGAACUCGCAGCCAAAGGCUGAUGCCCAAACGUCACCGCCCCGAAAAUUCUCAGCAGACGAAUGGAAAAAUACUUUCAAGGAGCCUUCUUUUGUUUUUCCAACUGCGCCUCAAGCGGUCUCUCCGAAUCGACCAAACUCCCGCGCUCCUAAGAGUUCGAGGUCUCGAGAUCAGCUCAAGACCACGGUCAAACGUCCUAAGGUACCCAAGCCAGCGAGUGUGAGUGCGGUUACGGAUGACGCCUCCGAGGAAGAAAAUACCUUGAAAGAUCCAGAUGGCAAUGGCGGGGAUUUUGAGACACGAACCGGCCUUGACGGCGGAGGUAUGGAUGUCGAUCCAUCUGGUCCGAAACCUACCCCAGCCACCACUGGUUCCAGCAUCACCUCAGUAGAGCCAACAAAGUCUAAGUGGAGAGGCGAUGGCGCCACCCCCAACGAGACGAAACCCACUCAGGAACCUCACACCCGGAACGCAACGGAACCUGUUAAGGAGCCGCCGCCUGCGCCCAAGACCGAAGAACCAGAGCUGGAUUUGAGCAAUCUGAACAAAGUGGAGCCACUGGCUCCUGGUCAACAUGGUCUCAAAAACCUCAACGAUCUCUCAGACACUCUUCCAUUCGAGUCUCGCGCCGCAGCAGAGCCAAUCAAUAAACCGGCCCCUCCAGCACGUCUUGCUUUGCCAGAUCCACCGAAAGGCCCGACGCCUCCCGUUACAGUCAACAGUGAAACGUGGAAACCAUACCUCGAAAGCAUGCGUGUUUACUUCUCCGAAUGGCGAUCCUUCAAUAAACGGAUGCUCAUGCACUUUAACAGCAGGCAGGAUCAGGUAGACCUAGACCUGGGCCCUGACUUUCUCGGCACCAUUGGAGAAGGCCCCAAGGGUGGGCUUAUGCUUUACAUGCAAGGACUAGAGGAGGACUUUCGAGUCCGAGCGCAUUGGGACGUGUCAUAUGAGCGUCAUCGAACGGUGAUGGUUGCAUUUUGCGUCUUCAAACAGCAGCUCUUGCAUGCAGCUCAGCUUGUCAUGUCACGCAUAGAAGAAUUACCAGACGAUUUCGACAGUUCGGUAGAUCUGAACAAAGUCUUUCCAGACAGCAAAAACAACGGACCAUCAUCAUCAGAUGCAGCAGCAAAUUCCACCAGCGCCAAGCAAGCCCCGACACAAGGGCCUUCAAGGCCGUCCCCUGAAGCGCCAGGCAUUCCAACAUCUGUUCUAGAGCAGGCCGUCCCCUUUCCUUUACCCGCAGACUACCAGAACAAGGCUCGCAGCAAUGACCCAACUGCGAAAACAGCUCCGUCUCUGCCGCCGCAGCUCGAGUCCGUCGCGGCCCGCUCGCCCGAGGAGCUUCUGGAGUUCAUGAACCGCACUCCGCUCUUCAUGAGCCAGCUCGACGAGACAGAUGGCGCGGGCGGCGAGAAUCUCGAACUCGAGGCCAUCCGAGCAAUGCAAUACGAAGGCACGCGACUUGAGAUUGCAAAGAACUUUCGCGAGCAAGGAAACGAUUGCGUUAGGACCAAGCAGUGGCGGGACGCCAACGAGUUUUAUACCAAGGGAGUUGCCACCCUGAGCAAGAAAGGCAAGGACAAGGAAGAGCUCGAUCUCGAGGAAGACGAUCGGAAGAACGGAUCAGGCUUGCAGCCGGAACAGAGAGAAAAGGAAGAAAAGGCCCUACUGGAGGUCAUGUAUGCGAAUCGCGCUUUGGGCAAUCUGGAACUCAAAAACUACCGCCGCUGCAACCUCGACUGCGCAACCGCGCUCGUGCUCAACCCGCGCAACAUCAAAGCAUGGUACCGCUCCAGUCUGGCCUGUCUCGCGCUAGACAAGAUCCCCGAAGCGCUCGACGCGUGCCAGCGCGGUCUCGAAAUCGACGCGGCCAACACUUCUCUAAAAUCCGCCCUGGCCAAAAUCACGACUCGCAAAGAAUUACUUGACAAACAAGCGCGACAGCGCAAAGAGCGAGAAGAGCGCAAACUCCUCGAACAACGCACCCUCAAAGCCGCCCUGCAAGCGCGCAACAUUCCCACGCGGACGACGGGCCACGCGCCCGAAACCGAGGACGCCCGCGUCCAUCUCGCCCCGGACCCAGUUUCGCCCACCAGUACUCUCCAGAUUCCCGUUCUGCUCUUGUACCCUAUGGACCUCCAGUCGGAUAUCAUCAAGGCGUUCGCCGAGACGGAUACAUUGGGCGACCACCUCUCGUAUAUUCUGCCUUUACCGUGGGACGAAAAGAGCGAGUACUUCCCCGCUGACAAGCUCGAGUGUUUUGUCGAAACGAGCGCGGGAGGUCUGCUGAAGCUGGGUCAAAAGGUGCCGCUGCUUAAACUCUUGGCGGGCGGAAAAGUCGAGAUUGUCGAUGACUUGUUGAAGAUUUUUGUCCUGCCCAAGACCAAAGCAAAGCAGUGGAUAGAAGAGUUUAAAGCCAAGAGAGCAAAUGGUGCCACGGCAUGA